CCCUCCAAGUGGGCCACUGCCACCUGAAGCACCGCAUGACCAUGGCCCCUCUAACCCGCUUCCGAGCAACAAUGGACCACAUCCCCAGUCAAUACGCAAGGGAGUAUUACGAGCAGCGAGCUUCCGUCCCCGGCACCCUGAUCAUCACGGAAGCGACCUUCAUCUCUCCGCGAGCGGGAGGCUACAAUAAUGUCCCCGGCAUCUGGAACGACGAGCAAGUCCAAGCUUGGAAGGAGAUAGUCGACGCCGUUCACGCAAAGGGUUCGUUUAUCUAUCUCCAACUCUGGGCGCUGGGACGGGCGGCGGGCGCAGAGCAAGCCGCGAAGAAUCUGCAGCGUGAGGGUCCGUUUCCGGUGGUUAGUUCGAGUGGAAUUCCGAUUAGUUCGGAGUAUGAGGAGCCCGUGCCGAUUGCGGAGGAGGAGGUUCCGGGGUGGGUGGAGGAGUAUGCGAGGGCGACGAGGAAUGCGAUGAAGGCUGGGUUUGAUGGGGUUGAGAUUCAUGGUGCCAAUGGCUACUUAGUCGACCAAUUCUGGCAAGAUGUCUGCAACAUCCGAACGGACAAAUACGGCGGCAGUAUUGAGAAUCGCGCCCGAUUCGGCUUGGAAGUGACUCGUGCCGUGAUCGGAGCAUGCGGUGGCGAUGCGAAGAAAGUCGGUAUGCGGUUAUCGCCAUGGUCGACCUUCCAAUCAAUGCACAUGAAAGACCCGAUCCCUCAAUUCACCCACAUCAUCCGCGAACUCAAAGCCCUCGGCCUCGCCUACCUCCAUCUCGUUGAAUCACGAACCGGAGGCGGCAGCGCACCGACCGCCAUCUUCGAGUCCGUGACCGGAACCAACGAUAAACUGAUCGAAGUCUGGGGCUCCGAACUCCCCAUCAUACUCGCCGGCGGCUUUGAUGCAGAGAAAGGACUCAAAGCUGUUGGUGAAGUGUAUACGGGUGAGAAUAUCUGCAUCGCUUAUGGUAGGUUCUUUAUCAGUAACCCGGAUCUGCCGUUCCGGAUACGGGAGGGUAUAGCGUUGCAGAAGUAUGAUAGGAAAACCUUUUAUACUCCGGAGGCGCCGGAAGGGUUCAUCGAUUAUCCGUUUUGUGAGCAAUUUGUGGGGCAGGGUAGUAAGUUGUAGAUGAUAGAAGCUGUCUAGAGCAGGAAGCAAGGAGGACGGUGCUCUCCGUCCGCCCCUCAGUGCGCUGUGUCAAAAUGAUCAUUCUUGAU